GGCAGGAUUCAAAGUCCCAAAACUGAAUACAGAAGAAACCCUAAUCGAGCCAAAUCCAAGAUUCCUGUCAUUUUCAAUUUUCGUUUUAGUUUUGCCUCUGAUCCCCGCUCAUUCGUUCAAUCGAAAAUUUUUCAAACAAGUUCGUGUUAGCGGUUAUUCUCGUCCCAAUUUGGCAUAUAUAAUCAUACCCCUCUUUUCAGACAAAACCGCGCCUUAUCUUUUCAGUCUCUUGCCCGUGUAGUUUGGUUUUCCUGGUUUCAGCAAUGGCGGACCAGGAAAAUUGCAGGAGAGUCACACGCUUGGCGGCGAAGAAGAGAGCAGCAGCUGCCGAAACAUUCGUGUCUGAACAAAAUAAAAAGCCUAGAGUGGUGUUGGGUGAGAUUCAAAAUGUAGAUGUAGAUGUGAAUUUGCGAAUAAAUCAGAACAUUGGUGAUGACAAUGGGAAGAAGAAGAAAGCUGUGGCUAAGAGGAAUGUAAAGAAAGGUAAAGUAAGUGUGAAGGAGACGGAAAGCUCGCCAAAAAUAGAUGAAGACGGCGGCGGGGAUGACCCGCAAAUUUGUGGAGCGUAUGCUUCUGAUAUAUAUGAUUAUCUUCGCGAGAUGGAGAUGGAGCCAAAGAGAAGGCCACUGCCCGAUUACUUAGGGGUGAUUCAAAAAGAUGUGACUGCAAACAUGAGAGGUAUUUUGGUAGAUUGGCUAGUCGAAGUGGCUGAAGAAUACAAGCUUCUCUCGGAGACUUUAUACUUAGCUGUUUCGUACCUCGACAAAUUCUUGUCAGCAAAUGUUAUCAGUAGACAGAAGCUUCAGCUUCUUGGUGUUUCUUCGAUGCUGAUUGCAGCAAAAUAUGAAGAAAUUACUCCGCCGCACGUGAAAGAUUUCUGUUAUAUAACGGACAACACCUACACCAAAGAAGAAGUAGUAAAAAUGGAAGCUGAUGUGCUCAAAUCCCUCAAUUUCGAGAUGGGCAAUCCCAAUGUGAAGACUUUUCUCCGCAGAAGGUUCACCAAGAUUGCUCAAGAUGACUUUAAACGCUGCAGUUUGCAGUUCGAGUUCUUGGCUUGCUAUUUGGCAGAGUUAAGUCUGCUCGACUACGCUUGCGUGAAAUUCUUGCCUUCCACAAUCGCUGCAUCGGUCAUAUUCCUCGCAAGAUUCACACUCCGCCCGGAUCUAUGUCCUUGGAAUUCGGCGCUCAAACAAUUCUCGGGUUAUAAGCCUGCAGACCUAAAGGAAUGCAUCUGCCUCAUUCAUGAAAUGCAAUCUAGUCGAAGAGGCAGCCCGUUGGUUGCAGUCCGGGAUAAAUACAAGCAACCCAAGUUCAAAAGGGUGUCGACGCUGCCUCCGCCUUCGGAAAUUCCCGAUUCCCUUUUCGACGAAACGAAAGAUGCAUGACUAGAAUUCUAGCUAAGGCUUAUUCCCUGAAUUGGAUUGGAUUGUACAGAAAUCUUGCAUUUGUGAUUUUGAUCUUGUUCUUGUUCUUGCUUAGAACUAUCCUUUGUUUGUUCUUGUUUUUAGGUGUUUAGGAAUGCGAUUUUUCAGCAGUGGUUAAUUGUAGUAUUGUAAUGUAGAUGAAGGAAAAUGGGUUUUGUGUUUUGAGUUGUAAUCUCCUUAAUUCAUUGGACAAUCGCAGCCGUUGGUGGGUCUUUUCGAUUUUGAAUUUGGGCCGUCGAUUUGUUUACACGUGGAUUCGGGUCCAUUAUUGAUUGUCAGACACGCAGCGGAAGAGACGGUAACUCUACCGGAAAAUCUGGAGUGAUCUGCACCGUUGAUUGUGUGGGGGU